GGGUGGCAUUUAAUUGGGCUCUGUAGUAUUUUUGGUUUGGUUGGCUUCACUCAAACUUAUUAACAGCGGGCCAUGGUGGCGCAUGCUCAACUCAGAAGCGGAUGCAGCCUCCGAGGCGGCAAUCUGUCAAAGAGAAACUGGACAGGCGGCGGUCCUUGCAGGAUGAAUUGAAAGCAGCAGACAGUCAGGUGCCUGAGGCAGCACCCCACGAGGAUGACAGUGACGGUGAAUUUUGGUGUGGCAAUGAGGACGUGGAGGGUGAAGAGAGUGAGGCCUCUUCAUGUGAGCUUGAACCAGCUCUUCAGCUGCAACCAAAGAUUCUUGGGUGCUGGGCUGCUGUUCUGGCUGCUUCCCACUCUUCCUCUUGUGGCUGCUGCUUCCUUCUCCAGGAGAGCUCCUUUAUGGAUGAAGACGAACUCGAGGCCGAGGAUGAAGAUGGUCAACGAGAAAGCCAGGACAAGAUCCUGGAUUGGUGGUGCCAAAGGCAACUCCUUCGAGUUUUGCGGCGGCUGGUACGAUUUCCCAAGGCAGGACCCUUCAAGGAGCCGUUGCCAUGGAAGGAGCUUGGCCUGGAGGACUAUCCUGAGGUCGUUUCAGAUCCGAUCGAUUUGAGGACCAUUGCAGAACGGCUGCAAGAUGGAAGUUAUAAGGAUGAGGAGGGCUUUGUCAACCCGGACUUCUUCUGGCAGGACAUCACCCUAUGCUGGGACAAUUGCAAGAUGUACUAUGAGGACGACCACGAAAUCGAAGCGGUCCGGAUGGCUGAGGAGAUGAAAGUGGAGUCGGAGAAACUGGAAGACGAGUUCUGGCACGAUCUCGAAAAGUUUGAGGCGUCUUUGGAUCGUGUGAAAGGGCAGGCCCUCAGCAAAGUCGCAGCUGUGGCAGACGUUGCGAAAGGUGCCAUGAAGGACGCAGCAACGCUGGCAGUGGAAGAGUCCAAAAAACUAGCAAAGCGCACACAAGAAUGGUGGAAUAAACUUCGAGGGAAACAUAUGGAGGAAGAGCACAAGGAAAUCCAAGUGCUUCAGCUGGAAGUCAAGCCACGGAUCCGAGAUCAUUUCGUUGAGAUGCUGAAAAUGCGCUUUGGUGUGAAUGGCUGGGAGGACAUCAUGGGGAUCGAAGAGGAGGUCCUGGUUGGCAUGAAAGACAACUGGCCAAUCCUGGAGGACACAGAUGGCAACGAUUUUCCAGCACGUGAUGAUGGCUUCAGCAAAAAGAUCGCAGUGGAAAGGCUGCUUCCUACAAAAUAUUUGGGCUAUGUUCAUGGUGCGAGUCGCGGAGGGAAGCGAGUUGAGUCUCUUGCCAGUUCAAGGAGCAGUCUGAGAUCCUCGCGCAACGGACCCGGAGGGUCGCGCCGCAAUUCCUUCGAAAGUUCCAGAGCUGGCUCCGAGAGGUCGGAGAGCCGACAGCAAACACCUCGCUCACACAGGUCAGAAGAGUCGCAUCGAUCCUCGGCCUUUUCACAUGGAUCAGAGACGUCUAAGUUGAUGACUCGAGUGGUCAGAGCCUCCGUUUUAGAGGCUGGAGCGACAGAGGUCCCUGGUGUUGAGACAUCUUCGGAGUCAGAUUCAGACAAGCUGGACAUCAGCAUGCCUUCUGUGGUGAAGGUGGCAACUUUGUGGAUUGCUUUUUGCAGGUUCAGGGGCCUUCCCAGGCUGUUUGGGCAAUUGCGCACUGG